AUGGUUUCCUUUAGGGAACUCUUUAACGAGCAGCAGAUGUAUCAGGCCUACCUGGCUCAGCAGCGGGAAGAAGACAAACGACAGGAAAGGGAGAUGGACCUGUUGAGGGCCGAGGAUGCUGCAAAAAUGUGGGCCAAGAGAGCUGAGAAGGAAAGGGCCCUGAAACUAGCCAGAGAUCGGUUACUCAAAGAGGUCAUGGACACAAGGAAGCUUCAGAUUGAGGAGAAAUUGCGGAAAAACGCCAAGGAGCAGGAAGAUCUUCUACGGGAUAAGGAAUUAUUAAACGCAGCCAUCCAGGAAUGCCAACAGCUAGAACAAGAGACCUACACAAGGCGUUUGCAGCAAUCGAAACACCACCGGGAAGAACUCCGUGCUCAGAUCGAUCACCGCAAGGAAGCCCGUGAAAUGGAAAAGGAGGAGGAGCGCCGUGAAUAUGCCCUGGCAGAGGAAGCGGAAAAGCUUUAUCAUCAAAAGAUGGCAGAUAUCCUUUCCAGACCAUACAUGAAGUUGAAAUUUCUCCACCCUUUAAGGAGGCAACUAGUCAUUAACUCUAAAAGUUAGUGUCGCUUCCCUAUAUGGAUAUGUAGAUGCUGUCUGAGCCCAGGGAUGGAAAGGAAAGGGGGGAAUAUUGAAGGAUUCUCUUAAUUAUUCCUUUCAGUAUUAUUAUUAUUAUUAUUAAUUUCUCCAGGCAAAAGCUUCUCUCCUCACCUCUUUUUUUUCUCUUUAAAGGUUAAAAUAAUUAUAUCUUAAAUAAAGUCUUCCAGCAAUAAAUGAAUACUAACCUAAAAGAAGAGUUGCUGUAAAUCAUUUUAAAAUCUUGUUCCGUUUGACUUUCUAAAGCCUAAAUUUGGCAUUUUUAAAUUAUCCACCCUGAUCUGUAAGUGGUUAUUUC